AUGUCAGAGCUCGGUAUCCCGUUGGAGCUUCUCCACAUGAUCCUGGGUUUUCUUGACCUGGAGAGCAUCAAAUCUCUUCGUCUCGUGAAUCGAAUAUUGAGCCAACGCUGCCUUGGACCUCACUUCAACAUCCGUCAGCCAACCCUUGAUCUGACCGAGCAGAGCUUUCAGUCGCUGAAAGCCCUGAUUGAUAAUCCGGUACUGCGUCAACAAGUUCACCACAUCACAGUCGUCGCGCUUUAUUUUGCCACCAAAGAGGCAGAAGAAAAGCGAAACCCGGAUCGAAAAAGACAACUCAAAUGGAAAACUCAGGAUAUCCAAUCCGAUAUUCACUGGCUGAGAGAACAGAGCAAAAUUCAAGAAGAAGUGUCUGCACAAUCCUUGGUUAGGCGUCUAGGUCGGGUUUUCCAGCAGUUCGAGAACCUCGACAGUGUCGAGCUCGAUGCGGCAGUCCAACUCGGGCCACAGCUACGAGUCAGUUCCGAGGAGGGUGUUUGGCCGGAGAUCUGGACCAAGGCUACAAAGGUGCAUGAUAUUGUGAUCUCUGCCCUUGCUGAAGGCAAAGUUUCGAUUGGCUGUUUGAGCAUCUAUCGAGACCUCAUAAGAUGCAGUGUUUUCUUGACUGAUCACACGCUUCAACUGACAAACCUCGAUCAAGCCGGUCGUGAUGUUCUCGGUGCAAAACUGCACACCCUGAAAUUGAGUCUCUGUACAGAGAUGUCCAACGAAACAAUGAUAGGAAUGGCAUUGGGGGGUGACAAGAUUUUCGAUAAGUCUUUUGGUAGUGAAACCGAGCUGCCUAGAAGACGCAUCCCCCAGGCAGCAUCGUGCGAGCGACCGGGAAUCUUGCAAUUACUGCAGUCAACUCCAAAGCUGCGUCAUCUCGAUUUGCAGCUUUACCGUAUGACUCGGAGAGAUGGCGGAUAUGAGUGGAUAUCCACGGCCAUUUCCGAACAACCCUCACUUCCUGAGCUGGAGACUCUGUCUCUAGCUGGCUUUCCAGUGAUGCAGGAUGCUCUACUUGGAUUCCUUGCGCGGCACACGAAUACCAUCAAAAGUGUCACUUUUGAAAGUAUUACGCUUACAACGGGCAAAUGGGAGCCAAUUUUCGAGCAAUUAAGCACAAAGAUGCCGUGUCUGAGCCAGGCGCACUUCUCGACCCUUUUUGACUACAAUGGUGUCCAGGGCUCUGGAGAAAGGCCUCGAAGAUUGAUUAAUCUUCUAACUAUUUGGGAGAAUGGCCUUCCAAAAGCAGGCCCCUUUCCGCCAGGGAGGAGAGACUGCUUUCCCCAUCUUGGAAACUCAUACACAGUGCACAGGAGAACCUUCAACGAAGAUCAGUUGCGCAAAGGCCUGGAAUUUCGACCUCAGCCACAAGAAAGGUCAAAGGGCUCACCUGAUAAUUACCUUUGGGGAAAUAGGAUUCGUAAUGUCUACGGGCCCCCAGAUCGUCUCUUGAUGUGUCCGUCACAACCGGACAUGACCGAUUCGAGUGAAUAUGAGACCGAUUCGAGUGAAGAUGAUUCUUAGGCAAUGGUGUUCGUCUAUGGUUCCGGAGCACCUCCUCGUUUACUCGCGAGUUUGUAAUGCCUUAUGGACUCUAGAACGAUGGGACUCAAAAGGGGGUUGUUGGCAUAGAUAUCGGUCAACGAUAUGGAAGAUACACUGCCAAAACAGAUUGCACUAUUAACACAAAUUGGACUUGAAGUUUCU